CCGACUGCCACCCCAAGUGCGAUAGUGCCUCUCGGACGAGCAUCGGCCCAGACUUGGCCCUCAUGUCCUUCGCACUGUGACCUCGCAAGACCUGGCCAAGUUCGAGCUGCAUCGGGUCAGCUCCAUGAACGUGAGCGAUGCCCGAGCCAUCCGCGCUUCUCAAAACCUCCACACCGACUCCUUCUCCAAGCCCGAGGGCCGCGCUUUGAGCACCGCAGAAAUGUACCCCGCAAAUCAGAACAUCUCCGGCACCGUCUAUUCCAGCGAGGAAGUGGUCGGGAAAAACUAUGUCGAGAGGGGCGCCCAGAUGUACGUGACCUUCGAUGCCUACCGCUUCAUCACCAAUCGCAUCCUCAACAUGAAUGCCUACUCCAUCAACACCCUCGAAAACUACUACAACAUCCUGCUGGAGAAGCGGAAUAUGGACGACCUCCAACGGCGCGAGCGGGUUGUCCGCCGGCUCUCGGGCCUGGAACGGCGGGCGAAUGAGUUGUCGGUCGAGUGCAAGAAGCUGUUCGAAGCCAGGUGCGCCCUUGAGAAGGAAAUGGUCGGCGUCCAGAAGAAAUGGGAGACGACGAUCCAGAUCCUGCGAGAGCUGAUGCUGAUGAACACCCAUCUUGCCGAGCUCAAGGUCCAGUACAAACCCGAGCGCAUUCGUGGAUCGCAGUACCUCGGAUCUCAUGCGAGUAUGUACAGCGGCAGCAACAUGAACUUGGGCAAGGGGACCUCGAGCCAAAGUCAGCUCGAAGGCUUUGGCUCCACUGGCGCAGCUCUGUCGAGACGAAAGAAGGAAUCCGACAGCCCCUCAAGCCAUGCCGGCGGACUGGCAAGCGGCUUCAACAUCUCAGGCAGCCGACAAGGAAGCUACUCCCACAGCCGGCAAAACAGCGUGCAAUACAGCCGGCCCAGCAGCCGCCAGGGCAGCCGAGUCGGGAGCCGGCGACAGAGCAUCAUUGGGGAGCUCGACAAUAUCCAGGAGCAGGCCUCCAGGGCGAAUCUCAAGGGCUGAGAUCGCAUCCCUCCUCCAAAUCCACCGGCGGCCAUUCUCUGCCCAAGGUAUUUGUAUUUGUAUUUGUAUUUGCGUUUUGUUCAACUUGCGGUCAACUCCACGGCGGCUCAAUGCAGAACAAUCAAAGACCCAUGUCGCCACUGAUGAUCAUUUUGGCGAGAGUCUCCGUGUCCGAAGUUGGAGCGGCCGAGGCGCUCUGCAGUAUUUCGUUCUGGCGAUCCACAAUGAAGCGGGGCAGCAGCGGGU